CGCGGCAUGGCCCUGUCGCGGGGGCUGCGGUGCUGCCAGCGGGCGUUCGCCUGGGUGCCCGUCGCCAUCAUCGCCCUCGUGGUGCUCUGGUCCUACUACGCCUACGUGUGCGAGCUGUGCCUGGUGACUCUGAGCAACCCUGUGGAAAAAGUGGCCUAUCUUACAAUAUUCCAUAUUCUCUUCGUACUCUUCGUGUGGACAUAUUGGAAGUCUAUUUUUACUCUGCCAGUGCAGCCAGAUAAAAAGUACCAUAUGUCCUAUGCUGACAAAGAGCGCUAUGAAAAUGAAGAAAGGCCAGAGGUGCAGAGGCAAAUUCUUGCCGAAAUUGCAAGGAAGUUGCCAGUGUACACAAGAACGGGGAAUGGAGGUAUUCGAUUCUGUGAUAGAUGCCAGCUAAUAAAACCUGAUCGUUGUCACCACUGUUCUGUUUGUGCUAUAUGUGUGCUAAAAAUGGAUCAUCACUGUCCGUGGGUGAAUAACUGCAUUGGAUUUUCUAACUACAAAUUCUUUCUACUCUUCUUAGCCUAUUCUUUGUUGUAUUGCUUGUAUAUUGCUGCCACAGUCUUCAAGUAUUUCAUUAAGUAUUGGACAGUAAGUUGUGGAAUCUGGUUACUUUUUCGUAUCCUGGGAGUCUCGUUGGGGGGUGAGCUGACUAAUGGACGUUCCAAAUUUCAUAUCCUUUUCCUUCUCUUUGUGGCGGUCAUGUUUUUCGUAAGCCUGAUGUUUUUGUUCGGCUAUCACUGUUGGCUUGUCAGUAGAAACAGAUCUACUUUAGAGGCUUUCUCAGCUCCAGUGUUUCAAAAUGGCCCAGAUAAAAAUGGAUUCAAUCUAGGCUUCGUAAAGAACCUUCAGCAAGUGUUUGGAGAAGAAAAAAAGCUCUGGUUACUACCUGUUGUCUCUAGUCAGGGAGAUGGGCAUUUUUUCCCAAUGAGAGCUUUGUGCGAAGCUCAGAAUCCUCUCCUAGCAAAUGAAGAGCAGUGGGAAGAUGAUGGAAUAGAUGAAGAGCCACAUGAUUCCAAUGAAGCUUCAUCUCUUGCCAUAGAAAGAGAGACACAGUGAUUUGAAAAUGCAACAGUACAAAGCUUGUUCAGAAAGCUUCCCUCUCAGGAGCCUUCUCUUUUCAUGGACUUCAGUUUUAAGGGUUGGAAAAAAAAUGACUCUUCAAGAUGAGAAAACAUCAUGAAGUAUCAUCUGAUUGGAAUCUGCAUUCUAGAGUGCUUCUCCAGAAAUCCUGCUACACAGAUGUUUCAAGGCUUUAUAAGUUUAAGUUAUGGAGUGAACAGAACAGUUUUAUAGAGUGAAUCUGGCCAAUCUUCUUUGGCCUGCUCUCUUUAUUUUAUAAAUAAUAUAUAUUUUUUAUUCAAAAUAGGUGAAAAAAUAUUGAUGCGAGUGCAUUUCCAAAGGCCUUUUCGUUUUGCAAACAUCAGGGACUCAAGCUCUCAGAAUUCUUCCAAGCCAUAAUAUUCUUGGGAAACCUAUUUAUUUAGAGACUGAUUCUCCAAUCUUCUCUGACAAGUGGCGUUUUCUAAUAAGUGUUUAAAGUCCUAUCUGAGUAAGUUCAACUCAAUAAGAGACAGACUUGCGUAAAUUUGGGACUAAAUUGGUAGUUGGAUGUGUGUGUGUUGAAUGCAAAAGUGCUGAACAUGCAUAUACAUAUGCAGCUGUGUAUGGAAAUGAAAUAGUUAGUCAUAUUGCCAGUAUCAAGAUUCAAGAAUAUUGUGGCCGUUGGUGCUUUUUUCCGGGAGGGUGUCGUUGUCUUAGAUUUUGAGUUAUGGUGCCCUUGAAGAUGAAUCCUACUUGCAGGUACCUAAAAUUCUAAGGGUAUUUUAGACAGUGCAGUUUGCAUUAAUCCCUAGGGUUAGGGCUAAACUGACAGAAUUUGCAUAGCAAUUAGAGCAUUAUCACCUUACCCCAGGAUCAGUGUUUGAUGGGAAUGUUUGUAUUUAUGGAGUCAGAAGGAAAGGUGUUAGUUUGAAAUGGAUGAGUUGGAAAUGUGCACUAAAUAUUUUGGCUCCAGCACUAGCAUUUGGAGCUUACCUUUCACAAAGGUGGUUUUAGUCCCAUAACGCUGAAGAGACAAUGACUGAUGUCCUGAAUUAGGUCAGACUUCUUCCUAAGUAAAUGUAUUGACUAGUGUUAUAAAGAUUUUUUUUUCAACACCAAGAGGUGAUCAGAUUUUUUCUAUUUAUUUGACUCCAUUUGCAGUCAAAGGAAAGCACCAGUAUUUUUAUUCUGCAGCAUGGAACUGAGAAUUUGCAUCUGUGUCAUAUGCAGUUUUCUAGAUCUGAGUCCUUUUUUUUAUCUGCACGGUUCAGAUCUGGCAACUCCAUCACUCAUGUUUGAAUUAGAUACAUGCUUGAAGUAUUAAUAUACUGCCUUUCAGAUCAUUUGUUGCACCUACCAUUUUCUCUCCAGUUUUUAUGUUUUUUUGUUGCCCCUUUGUGUUGACAGUGACUCUGCAGCAGUUGUGCAUGUCAUGAGAAAUUACCGGAUAAGUAUCCGUUCCGUGACAAAGGCCUUGGCUACAUACUGGAUCUUUUUACCUCUGUUUACUCUGCUGCAGCUACCGGUAUCUCCGCUGGUAGGACAUUAAUGAGGCAAAGGAGCUGUGCAGAGAUUUUCUGUCCGUAAGAGCAGACAUUUAAUUAUCUGAUAUAAACGAUGCCUUUUAGGCAGACAUUUUAUAUGUCCGUCUCUAAUCUCUGCACCUAGGAGCAGAGCAGGCAAUACGCUCUGUAGAAUGUCUUUUUGCUAAAAUUUAAAUCGUAAGAGAUGGGGUGUGUUUUCCCAGUGUCAAUGUAGGUUAUUCACCCUUUUCCUCGGAGGGUUGCCGGACGCUCUCCGCACGUUCCUGCUGAUGGCGCUUCAGCCACUUCUGUUUGAUGGCUCUGCAAUCGAACAGCUGUUGACUGCUGAAACUGUUUUUCCUAGCAAAUCUAAACCCUCGUUUCUAAUAUAAAUCUGUUGCUAGAUCUUAAGUUGUGUUUGGUGAAGGAGGGCAGUAGAAUUAAUCACUUCGUUUUCUGGCAAAACAUAUUUCAGCGGGGGGUCUUUAGAGGAAGAUGGCAGUUAAAUGUAAUAGGAAAUCAUAGGAAUUUAGCACCAACUGUUAUUUGCGCCUUUUAAAAUGCUAAGGUCUCGAACUCUACGUUUCUACUGUAUAAAACAGGAAGAUAAUUUGGCAGCUUUCUGUUUCGUUCUGUCAGCUUAGGGAUAUUUUUAGGCUAGGACUAUCAGAGCUGUGUCUGAAGGCAUGCGGAGUUGCAGGAGUUUUCUUGCAUCCUUUCUGAAUCUGGUUCUGUUUUAGGGCUAUUUCAUUCUUUCAGCGUCAUUUAUUUGCCAAACUGUGGCAGCAGCAGAACCGCCUAAAAGAGCUGCAGAUGUGGUCCUUGUUCGCUGUCCAGCUGCAACACUGUUCGUUAGUUCGUCCGUAACAUAACUACAACUGAAGACAAAAAUGUAUUAUUAAAACAAAUAUCUUUAUGAUAAUGCUUGCGUUUGGAAAUAGCUUUAAAUGUUUCCACGUACUUUCCUUAGCUUGCUUACUGCUAUCAAGUCACUUCCCUUGUGACUAGUUAGAGCUGAUUUUCCUUUUUCCUUAAAAGCAGCUCAGCCUUACCUGGUUAUAACAAACUCUUGUCCAGGCAGAAACAACGAACAAUUGCAACAUAAUUUCAGAUGACCUACUAGGGAGGAUGCAGCUAUUUCGGUUAGUCUUUCAGGCCUUUGAGAAGACUGCCAGCUAGAAAUCUAGUCAGCGUAAAAGCAGUAUUUUGACUGCAGCACCUAAUAGUUGUGGUUUUAAAGCUGAGCUUCUGUUUACUUUUUAGAUUGGCUUUUGGUUUUCUUUGCUUCUGAAAGAAAGUUGCGUAUGCGUAAUGUUCUGUCAAAUAUGCUGGGUAAACGCCCUGGAAAACAGAGAUUACUCCGACUAGUUCUGUAAUCGUUGCUGUAGGUAACAAAACGGAUCAAGUGUUCAGCCAGGUGUGCGCGAGCUUCUUCCAACUCGCAGUUCUUCAGCCCUUCAAGGGGGCGAAUCGGUCUCCGCCCUGACCGGCGCGGUCUCCCGGGUGGUGCCGCGCUCGGAGGAGGCCCGAGGGGCUCGUCCUGGGAAGCUGCCGUCGUCGCCGCCUCGCUCCACCCGCCCGUUCGGUCGCGCCCCAACACCGUCGGUGCAGCCGGCGGCCGAGGCGCGAAGCUCCGUUGCGGAGCUUCCUCGGCUGGGUGGCGGCAGCGUUUGCGAGGCUGCGUGCGCUGCGCUCCCGCCUGGAAGCAGCGUGGCGACGUCGCGCUCGGCCUCGCCCCCGGGGCCAGGAGCGUUUCCCCUGGCUAAGCAGCUCGGGCCAGACCUACGCGCUCGUGGCGGGGCGGCGCGGUGCCGGCUGCCGCCGUGGCCGUGCCCGUGCCCGCGAGGGUGCGGGAGCCGGAACAGGGCCCCCAAACGCUGCGUGCGGCUCCAGCGAGCAGUCGUCAGGCCCGUUGCAAAGUGUCGAACGCGGCGGUGGUUUCUGUUAGCUUAAAUCAGGGCCUGUGUACAGCACAUCCAGCCGUGCCCGUCCGGUUGCUGUUCGUGUUUGGUCGUUUUGCAAGAUGUUUCCUGUCCUUCGCGCUGUCUUUCGCGUGCUCUCAGCACCUUCUCCAAGUGGACGCCACCGUGUGAAAGAAGGAAUUCCCUUUUCACCGCGUUUCGGUGCGAUACUGCCACGCGCUCUCACCCCUUUUGUCUUGGGUUAAUGCUCCAAAAUAAUUCACGGCUAACGACCGCCUCCUUGCCUCUCCCCCUUCUCUCCCGCUGGCGUUCAGGCACGCGGCACUCAGGAGGUAGCGAGAACAUCAUGUUGGUGCCUCGGGACUGUCUCGCGACGGUCCGACUUUCUGCCAGUGAGGCUGGGCGAGGAACCAGGGCGUGGAUAGGCAUCGCUGCACUGAGGUUUGUUUUGUUUGUCUCUUGCUGCGUUGGUGUCGUGUUUUUGGAGUAGAAUCGAGUUGUAUCCCUUUAAACGGGGAAUAGUACUGUACUUUUUUAAUGGGCUCUACUAGUGUGCGUACUGCACUGUAACUGAUACGGACUGGGAAGUUUUCUUUUAGCCUAGAAGUAAUGAAUGUUAACUUCCUGGAACUAAUUAGAAGUAAGAUUCAGCAAAAUCUAUCGCAAUUAUACUUUUUAAAUUCUGUAUUCUGAUGUGGACUGAAAGCACAACUUAGUGUUAGUUACCAAACCUAACGCAUAAAGUCUGUAGCACAAUAUGAAUGUAAAGCAUCAGGGAAAAAAAAAACCUUUUCUUCCUCCCUCCCCAUGGUUAGAUGUAAAGGAAGAUUUUGUAAGCCGUAUUCAGGGAGCAGCUGCCUCUAGCGUAGCUGUUAAGCCAGCAGAACAGAUUUACUGUUUGCAUAGCUGCUAGUUCAUGGACAUGUUGAAUUAGCAGGUUAAGGAGGUACCAUUGCCCUUGUUUAUUAAGCCAGAAGUAACUAACUCAAAGGGUUACAUUUACAUUUCAGUGCCCCCGUGGUACAAAUUUUUGAAAUUGAUCCAUAGUACUUGAAAAUACCUUGAUUUUAUUGAUAUUUUUCCAAUUAUAUCAGCUGCCGUUUUGUUACAGAACACUUGCAAAAAUAAACUCAUUUUGAAACUGUCAAUUAAAGCAUUUGCAUGGUAGAGUGGCAUUUUGCAUUAAAAGCAAUGGUCUGUCCAACAGGUUGGCAGUGAUGAGCAUUGCAGCGUUGUGGCACUGCCCGUGUACGCUUCCUGCUUAAUGUUUUAUUUGCUUCUCUGCUGGUUACCAUCGAGCUCAUACCUGCUGUUACACAUUUUUAUUCUUACUGUCCUUUUUACUUCUCGCUUUGUGCUCUUCCUCCUGAAUAUGCAGUUAAAAUGUAUCAGGUUUCAACUGUUUGUGCUAUUUUCUUUGGAGACUAAGAAGGUGAGUAGGUGCCAUUUUAAAGAGUUAUACUAUGUAUUUUAUUUGUAACUAAACUUAACAUUUGUCAGGUCCGGGUUUGUGAUUCUUACCAUUUAGACAGCUUUCUUUGCUCAAAGCAGUGGGAGCCAACUUUCCAUGUUCCUUUUAUCUUCUUCCUAAAAAUCAUGUUUCUUUGCUUUCGAGCUUCAGUUUGGAAUGUAAACUUUGUGAAAUAAAACAUAAGUUUAUAUUUCAAAUACAAAUCUAUAAGUCUGUUACGCCUUCGUGGCUUUUUUUUUCUAUCAACAGAAGAAAAAUAGCAUUUGUAAAUACAACAGCAUUUGUAAAACUUUAAGUGGAUCACAGCAGCCACUGUCAAAAAAUCAUAAGGGUUAUAUAUAUAUAUAUUUUUUUUCUUAUUCCAAUUGUGCUUAAGAAGACACAGUCUCCUAUCAGAUACUAGUACCAAACAGCUCAUAUAACAUAGAGGUAUUUUACUUGAUGGGAGUCUUGGUAUUUCAGUACUUACUGGACUCUAAAUUUUUGAGGCUAAAUCCCACAGGAAGCAUGGAAAAAAAUACCUUUGUCCUCCCUGCCCGCUUUCUAAAAUGAAAAAUUGCAUGUGCGGCACCUUCUCAUCUCUUUCCUUUAUAAGCUGAAAUGAAAUCCUGUGGAUUCUUGAAAGUGUUGCUGUAUUGUUUCUCCCCUUUCCCAGAGGAUCCUGGUGCUUCUGGCGUGUAUGUAAGAAAGAGAUGUAAAUUCUCAUAUAAGCAUCUAAUAUCCUGCUUAUGUAAGGGGCCACCUGGCGUGGUGCUGCAGACGCGGCCUCUGGUGAGAAGGAGAUAAAAUUUUAUGACUAGUGUCAUAAAAGACCUUGUGUGAAGAGGUGGGUGGAACCUGGUGUCUGUUGCGCGUUGGCGCCGUGUGGGGGAAUUCUUUUGCAAUGGUUAUGUUCACCUGUGGGCCUCUGCUGUACUUACUGAUGAUGGAAACAGCCAUUCCAGAGUAACUCCAAACUGCGGUGUUUGAAAAGGAAGCUUCUACUGCAGCUUCCUUUCUUGCUGGAAGCAUGCAAAACAGAAAUUAUUUUAUAAUUUUUUUCUCCAGGUAUUUUUCAGCUGAGAAAGAGACUCAUUCAUGUUUAUUUUUUUAAAAUGGGCCCUUCAAAUAUGAACUAAAUCUUAGGAUUAGUUAAUGACAAACCUCUUGUAUGUUAGAGUUCAGCUGUAUUGAGAGUUUUGCCUCGCUUCAAAGUAAACCAAGUUGGUUUCACUCGGUGUUCAUUGCUGGGUUUGGAUUUGGCAAGAAAACUUCCAUUAAACAGAACAGUAGCUGAAACGGUUGCGCUUGCAUUAGAAAGCUUUGUUUGGGAACUAAUAUGCUACCUCCUAGACUGGGUCAGAAUGACUUUUGUUUUUCCUUUUCACUGAUAACCACUGUAAUGUAAAGAACUUUUCAUAGCAAGGAAGACUAGCUUUUAGUGGGCACUUUGCCAGUAACUUAAAUUAUUGGAAAUGUUAACAGAGAUUCCAUUUUAUUAAUAUAUUACCGCAUUCGGUUGCUUUUACAUAAAAACAGGACCUAGUGUUGGUAUUUAUAAGUAAGUAUUUUGUGUCUGCAAAUUUUGCAUUAAAUCAGUGCUGUUGUGUUCAGCUGAGGACAUGACACAUCAGAGCUAUGUUGUUUAAUACUAAUUCAUUCCUUAAAUUAAUAGGAAGUAAAUGUUUUCCAGUGAAUGUUGCUAACAGUCUACUGACAACAUGUGGAAUGUUUAGUCAGGUUCAGGAGUUUACUGCUGUUGCUGGCAUUGAGACUUUGGAUAUCAAAUGGUUUUUACUAAAGCUUUCAAUAUACUCAUUUUUACUGUCUAACAAACAUUCUCUUUAAUAUGAAUGCUUGGCGUUUCACUAGCACUUUCAAAGUGUUUAUAUGGUUUAUAUAAUUGAAUAUGCUGUACAUGUUGCUUUGUUAUUUUGUAUUAUUGUUUAUACUAGAGAGCCUGCAUGGUUUAUACUGUACUGCAGGCAAGGAGUGCAUUAAAACCGUUUUUGGCUAAUUUAUUAA